AUGCCGGAGCCAAGCGCCGUGUGGCUGGUGGACAUCAGCAAGAGCAUCGAAUCCGCCAUUGGCGCUCUCGCUCGCGCUAACCUCGAUGCUAAGAGCCACAAAGGCAGAGUACAGCUUGUACUUGUUACAGUCACAGCUGGCAUGAGCGGGAGCGCGUCACCAGCGCACGGCAUGGCGGGCAAGAUGUCAUUCGCGCGGCAGCUCCAGGCACAGGCGACGCAGGCAGAGGAGGGGGAGUGCUACCCCACCCCCGGCUGCAAACAGAGCGCCGCAGACCUUGCUUCGCCCUCGACACGCCCGGCCAUAACGAUGCACACGGAGGCAGCGGAGGCGUGGGAGCGAGGGCUGUGCAUUGCAGCUGUCAAGUUCAAGGCGCAGCGGCUGUACAUCAGCAAUACGCCGCCGCCUAAGAAGGCCAGUCGGCGCCUAUUCCGCAAGCACGAGCCCGCGCCCAUCAUGGACUUCCCUCUGGAUCUCCUCCCCUCCACCUGCACGCUGCUCAUUCCCAAGGCUGACAAGCUCAUCACGCUCCAGGGCCACCUCAACGCAUCUGCACCGUCCAUCGAAACCCUCCUCCUGAUCAACGGCCUCGGUGCGCCCUCAGCGCUGCACAGUUUCAACGGCAGCAGAGGGCCGUCGCCCAACCGUAAGGGCCUGCCGCCGCUCUCCCCUCGCGGCUUCACCCCGCGCCUCUUCUCCCCGCGCACCACCUCCCCCACUGACACCACUGACCCCCAGCCGGGGAACCCCCACCACCAGGCGAAUUCUGCUCUUCAAGGGAAUUCUCUUCAAGGAGUUUCCCACCAUGCGGAGGUGUAUCGGCCGGGACUGCCACCGUCGCCGCCAGCUGUCUGCUCCCCAUCCACCGCAGCAGCCGUGGCGUAUUCAGCAGCACUGGCCUCAGGCUCAACCGCAGCGGCUGGGAUGACAGGGAUGACAGGGGCGGCAGGGGUGACUGGGGUUGACCCGCGUGUGCAGCCGCCUUCUCCGCGCAUCCACUUCCGCCCCUUCAACGUGUCGGCCUCCUUUGCCUCGCGCUCCAUCAAGCGCCGCAUCCCCUCCGCCUCCAUGCGCGCUGCCUUUGUGCGCCGCAUGCUCAGCCCCAGCGGCGCCCGCCGCGGCCGGGCAGGGGGAGCUGACGGCUUGGAUAGCGACGAUAGCAGCAGCUUCGGCAGCAGCGGCAGCGGCAGUGGGAACGGCAGUGUCCACUUCUUUAACCGCGCUAGAGGGUUUUCUCUCAGUGGCAGCUUUGGCAGCCACAGCGGGGCCGGUGCUGGCGCUGCUGGUGCUACAGCUGCUGGUGGUGGUGCGGCUAGUGCGGCUGGUGCAGCUGGUGGUGCUGGUAGUGGGGAGAUGCUACGGGCGCGGCUGCAGAGGCAGAACUCGUUCUCCAAUCUCGAGGCACUCAUGACUGCUGGCACCUGCUCCGGCACCUUUGCUGUCGGCUCCGGCGCUCCCCUGCUCGGCACUGUCGGUUACUACGGCGACGCUGAUUUCACCACCACUGCUGCUGCCGCCGGUGCUGCUGCUGCUGGUGCCGCUGCUGGUGCCGCUGCUGGUGGUGCUGCUGCUGCUGGUGCUGGUGUGGGUGGGUUUGGUGGUGGCUCGUUAGCAGACGCGGUGCAGAGGGCGGCAAGGGCAGGGGCGAUGGCGGGGAGGGGCCGCAGCAUGAUCCCCCAGUCGGAGCCGCUGUGCCUGGGCAUGUCGGCUGCUGUUCUCAUGGAUGACUCAGAUGAUGAGGAUGAGGAGGAGGAAAUGGGGAGCGAGAGAGGAAGCGAGAGGGGGAGCGAGAGGGACGGGCGGGAGGAGAGUGGCAGUGAGAGAGGCGGGAGCGAGAAGGCAGGGAGGCUUGGACUACCGUUGAAUCUGCGAGCGCGGCCACCCACGCCCCCCAAGUCCCCUGUGGCACGGUCCAUGGCCAGCUGCUCUGUCAGCAGUGCUGCUAGCAUCCCUGAACUGGAGGAGGGCGAGGAGGGAGAGGACGAGGACGAGGAGGAGGAGGAACGUGAGGACGCAGGAAAGGAGGUCUUGGAGCGUGCCUCUACUAGUCGCAGCGUGAGUGCAGCACAGCACGGCCACCCAGCUAAACCACCCCCCCGUCACACUUCCCCUCGCACGUUCCCCAGCCGCCCAUCUCCACCAUCUGCCCUCACGGCCCUCCCCGGCUCUCCUCCCAGCCAUGCUUCCGCCAAGUCACCUAUUUCUCAGGCGCCCAUAGCGCUGUCCAUCCCGGAUCACCCCUUUGAAACGGUCUCCAGCCCUCGGUUAUCCCUCUCACCGUCCAGCCCACAUGACUCUGCGCAAGCUCCCAUCACCCCUCGCCUGCCCAAGUCACCUGGUACCCCCACCAUCUUUCCCUCCCAAGCACCCACCACCCCUCGCCUGCCCAAGGCGUUUUCCAACCCCAACCCGCCCACAACACCACCCGGUCUUGGCCUCACCAAAUCUUCCUCCAUCUCGGCUCUUGCCCAGCUGCCCUCCAGCCCUAAGGGUGUGUUGGGUGCCGUGCAGAUGCCGUCCACCCCUCAGGGUGUCCUGGGGCCCGCACACAUGCCAUGCACCCCUGAGGCCAUGCAGUUGCCCUCCACCCCUCGGCCUGCACUGGCCCCUCUGUGCGGGGCAGCGCUUGACUUGAGUCACGACUCGCCUCAGGACUCGCUUCUAGACUCCGCCUUUGCUUCUCUCCCCGAGGUGGAGAGCCCUUGCAGCAUCAGCAGCCGCAGCAGCAGCGGAGGUACCACCAGCCACCGCAACAACUGGAGUAACAGUAACCGCCACAGGGGCAGUUUGGACAGUGCAGCUAGGGAGAGGGAGAGGGAGAGGGUGAAGGGGGAGGAGGAGCAGGAGGAGGGCAUCACGUUUGUCACUGGCGAGUUCUCAACCAAGUAUUCCUCCUCCAGCAGCCUCUCUGCCUGGUCGCCUGCCCGCUCCGAGGCCAGCAGCGCCUCCCGUCUCUUCCGAACCGAAUCCCGAACCUCCACCGAGUCCCGACCCUCCACCGAGUGCCGAACCUUCUCCCGAGCCGAGAUCCUCCAGGCCACCGACCACUUCUCCCCCAAAACCUUCCUCACUAAAACCGUCCUCGGUACUCUCCACAAGGGCAUGCUCUUCGGCUCUACUGUCGCCGUAAAACGUCUCGAGCACGCAAGCUCGUGCGAGGAGGAGGAUUUCCAAAGAGAAGUGAGCAUACUGUCCAAAGUGCGCCACCCACACGUGGCCCUGAUGAUGGGUCAGUGCCCCGAGGAGCGCUGCAUAGUCUACGAGCACCUCCCAGGAGGCUCUCUCCUCGAGCGCCUCGCCAAAACCCCCGGCGCCAAGCCGUGGGCCCCGCUGACGUGGCACGACCGGAUCCGCGUGUCGUGCGAGCUGGCAGCAGCCCUGGUGUUCCUCCACUGCCACGACCCGCCCAUCGUCCACGGGGACUUGCGGCCGGAGAAUAUCCUUCUGGAUAGAAACAAGCGCAGCAAGGUGGGCGAUGUGGGGAUAGCCCAGUUCGUGGGGCAGGGCGAGGUGCUGCCGGAAACGUGGCGUCUGUCUGGGUCUGCGGGGUACAUAGACCCGUGGGAGAUGCAAACAGGGGAGGUGACGGGGAAGAGUGAUGUGUAUGCGCUCGGGCUGAUAAUCCUCCAGCUGCUGCUUGGGCAGCCGAAUAUCCGGGCUCUCCACAAGCAGUUGAUGCCGUUCAAGCGGGCAGGGGGUGCAGUGGAGGCAGCCGUUGAUGAGCUGAUGUGCUGUUUAGAUCCUGCGGCUGGGAUUUGGCCGCGGAAGGUGGCUGAGAGGAUGCUGGCGAUGGCGCUGCUGUGCGUGCUGAACGAUGCUGAGGCUCGGCCGGACUUCGUGGGGAGUGUGUUUCCGGAGCUGAGGCAUGUGGGGCAGUGGGCCGAGGCGGAGAGGAAGCGGCGGUGCCCUGGGCAGGAGGAGAAGCUCAUGUGCCCUUUGAGCAAGGACCCUGUGAUUGCUGCUGAUGGCUACACGUAUGAGAGGAGGCAUAUAGAGGAGUGGUUCAAGGACAGCAGUGUCUCCCCCAAGACUGGCAAGCCCCUGUCUCACAAGGCAUUGAUUCCCAACCUCACUAUACUGGCCUUUGUGUGCGGAGUGGAGAGGGACGGCCGUUCGUAUUGCAUCUACUACUUCUUCACGCCUCUCCUCACCCGCAUGGAGCUCGCCAUUCCCUUCAAGCUCUCCUCGCCAGACAAGACAGGUGAGAUCGCGUUCCCUUCAGCUCCUUAUGUGACGUAG